GACGGGCCGAACCGCGCAGCCGCCGCGUCCCCCGUGGCCGUCACCGGGGCUGGGACCGGGAUCGGGACCCACGGCCCCUCCGCGCCACCCUCCCCCCCCGCCGCUGCCCGGGCGGCCACGCCCCCGUGGGUGGCCACGCCCCCGCCCCGCCAUUGGCCACGCCCUGGGGCGGGUACCUGUGGCGCCGGCGGCCAUCUUUGAUGCGGGCACGGCGCAGGUUGCCGGUUAACCCCUGCGCUGCCGGCGGGGCGCGGACGGGGCUUCCCCGGGGCGCGGCGGGCGGGGGCUGGACCCUCCCCCCCCGGGCAGGGGAGGGCUCGGCGCGUGGGGCGGGGCCCGGCGAGGCGGGGCCCGGCCGGUGCCGGUGCUGGUACCGGUGCGGGGGGACGUGUCGGCUACGUGGCCCGGGGCGGGGCGGGCGGCACCGAGCGGCGCCGAGACGUGAGACCGGGGCUGGAGCCCCCACCCGCCGCCCCUCUCCCAGUGCCGGGUUCCCACGGCCCCCACGGCCCCCACGGCCCUCCACCCCCCCGGGGUGCCCACCCAGCCGCUCUCGCCCGGCCGCAGCCCGAGGUCACGGGAUGAAGAACCCGCUGGUGGCCCCGCUGCUGCUGCUGCUGGUCCCGGCGGCGAGGGCAGCCCCCAAGGCUGGGGUGCACGGGCCCGAGGUCCCCGCAGCCACAGAGCCGGAUCCUGAUCCCGACCCACUGAACCCGGAGCUGCUGACACUGCCCCCCGCCGCCCCCAGGCUGCUGCGGAGCGCGGUGAGGAGCCUGGGGCCGCCGGAGCGGGACGCGGAGACCCUGACGCGGGAGCAGGCCCUGCUCUACCUCUUUGUGCUGCACGACCACGACCGGAGCGGGCGCCUGGACGGGCUGGAGCUGCUGCAGCUGCUGGGAGCGGUGCUGGCGCAGCGGGACGGGGGGCGGCCGGACCCCGACGCGGUGGCCGCGCUGGUCGACCGAGCCCUGGAGAGGCAGGACCUGAGCGGGGACGGGCUGCUCGACCCCCCCGAGCUGCUGCUCUCGCCCGGCCGGGGCCGGGGGCCCCCGGGGCAGCCCCUCCUGCAGCCGCCCGGGGAGGACGCGGGGGUGGGCGGCCCGGCAGAGGGGCAGGGGCUGCCCGGCGGUGGUGCCCACCCAGAGGGGCAGGCAGCCCCCCAGGCCGAAGCCGUGGAGGUAGAAGAAGCCCCCGAGGCUGGAGCGCCCGAGGGGGAGGCACCUCCAGUUUGGGGAGACCCCGGGGAGGGGUAGG